AUGCCUAGGACUAACAAAGAAACCGCGCAGCAACCGACUCAAGACGAACAAUCCAAACGCGAAAUUGACAGAGGCUCUCGCAACCCAUGUGACAACUCCAUAUUUCCACCUAUCAGGAUGGAACACAACGCUAUCACCACCACCUCAACUCCAUAUGAAGCUCAUAAAGAGGAUGGAGGAGAAUAUCCACCUAAGGGAGAGGUUCUACCUUCUCUUCAAAAAGGUUGCCAUGUGGACGCACAUCAAAAAACAUGCUUGAGCCCAAACGUGAUGCAACCACCGCAGCGUGCUAACACCAUCUCGAUUCCCAUAUCAAUGUCUUUUGUUCGUCCAUAUGUAGGACUUCUAGUGAAUCACUAUCUAAACGUUUAA